GACUUGCAUAUCAUGAACCAGAGCUCUUCACUCUUCAGGUCAUAGUUAGUUGUGCACAUUGAGGAUUGUUCAAGAUUGACAAGAAGGUAUAUACAUUCUACUAACAAGUACUAUCAGUAGACUCCUAGCUAGCUAGUAGUAGCCCAAUUUCACUUUUAUCCCUUGCAUUGUAAUAAGGUAUUUCUUCUCACCGAGGCCACCCCAUGCUCGAGAAAUGCUAAAGCGGUCUCACCAAGAAACCUUUUCUUUGGCUUCUGCAACCCAAAACAUUUUAAAGCCUGCACCCACGUCACAAAUCUCUUCUCAGUCCUCCUGAAUGCCAUCAACAACAUACGUGAUUUCGUAGCAAAGAGUCAACAGUGCUUCAAGACCUGCACACCAUGGAAGAUGCAUCAAGAGGCGGCUGGAGCUCACCAUGCUCGCUCAUCUUCGUGCUAGCACUGGCCCACUGGUGCGUCACCACAAUGGCGAGCUCCACCUUCACCGUAUCCAACUACUGCUCCCAGCCCAUAUGGCCGGGGACGCUCGCCGGCGCGGGCACGCCGCAGCUGCCGACGACGGGGUUCAGGCUGGACCCGGGGCAGAGCGUGCAGGUCCCGGCGCCGACGGCGUGGUCCGGCCGGGUAUGGGCGCGCACGGGCUGCGUGUUCGACGCGGACGGCAAGGGCACGUGCCAGACCGGCGACUGCGGCGGGCGGCUGGAGUGUGCCGGCACCGGCGCGACGCCGCCCGCGACGCUGUUCGAGGUCACGCUGGGGAAGGGGACCGCGGACGCCGCCGACCUGGACUACUACGACGUCAGCCUCGUCGACGGGUACAACCUGCCCGUCGUCGCCGUCCCGCGGGCACGGCCAGGCGGCGGCGGGUGCAACGCCACCGGCUGCAUGGCCGACCUCAACCGCUCGUGCCCCAGGGAGCUGCAGGUGGACUGCGGCGGCGGCACGGUGGCGUGCCGGAGCGCGUGCGAGGCGUUCGGGCAGGACCAGUACUGCUGCAGCGGCGCGUACGCGACGCCCACGGCGUGCCGCCCGACGGCCUACUCGUCCGUCUUCAAGUCGGCGUGCCCGCGCGCGUACAGCUACGCCUACGACGACCGCUCCAGCACCUUCACCUGCCACAGCGCCGCCGCCGGCUACACCAUCGCCUUCUGCCUCCCUCCCUCCGGGUAAUCUCGCCACACAGAUCGCCGAUCGGAAUCUACACGCACUGAAAUGUGUUUCCAUCUGGUCAAGUUUGCUCGGCGAUCACAUGCCUGAUGUGAUGACUGCCCAAAGUUCAGAAUUCAUCUUCUUGUCUGUUCGAUUGCGCAGGUUGCACGACUCUGACGCCACUCCCCUCGUUUCGCCGCCGGGAUCUGGGCAGAGCACCAGUGGCGGCAGCGUUGGCGGUGCUGACAGCACGCCGCCGCCUCCUCCUACUGUUGGCAGUGGCGUCGGAAGCGCCAACCAGGCGCCCCCUUCCACUGACAAUGGUGGCGGCGGAACCACCGGCCAGGCGCCUCCUGCUACAGACAACGGUGGCGACGGCACCACCGGCCAGGCUCCUCCUGCUACUGGCAAUGGUGGCGACGGAACCACCAAUCUGCAGCCGCCUCCGACUGACAACGACGGUGCCGGAGGUACCUACCAGCAGCCGUGGAUGACGAUGUCACUAGCGAGCACGCUACACGAUCAGCUGUGGCUUCUGCUGCCUCUGCCGGCAGUACUCUUCUUCCUCCUCUGAUCACCGGCCCUCCCUGGCCAUGAAGAUGAAGCUCUUGUAGGAUUCACUGACGGUAGCAGUUCCCUUAUAGGAUUUGCUGACAGUAGUCCCCAUAGUAGUGGUAAAAUCAUACAUCAUGCCCAGUCGAAACGGAAACAUGUACAGACUGGAUCCGUUUAUGUAGAAUCAUGGAAAAUAAAACAAGCUGAUCAUUGUUUGUUCCAUGAUUAAAAAAAAAGUUGUUUCUGCA